AUGGACAUAAUUAAUCCUUAUCUUGAAGAUCUUGAAGGUCUUUGUUUACCGGAUCCAAGUUCUCUUGUGCUUUUCAUGACCAUCAUGUUAAGUGCAUUAAGUAUAGUGGUAUCCAGCGUAUAUUUGAAAAACCAACAUUUGUAUACAAGCUGUACGAAUAUCAUGACAUUCACUUUGGUAGUCGCCUUCUUAAUGUUAGUCUCACCUCCAUGUCGGCUCAUUACUCCCUUGUUAUUGAACAAGAUUCAGUUAGGAACGCUAGUUCACCGUCAGAUGUAA